GUUUUCAUUGGUCGUCUCUGUAUGAACUCCAUAGUCAUAGGAGAUAGAUUGUUUUCUUAUGAAUUACGGAUGUGUUCCAACCUGUUUAUCUGUUGGCAAAAAAUUGACUUAAAAAAUUGCAGUACUCAUUUUAAUUUUGUCUGUAAAGACUAUUUAAAUGACACAGAUAAAAGAAAAAUUAAUAAAAGAAGAAGUAGAUGAGGUAAACCAUUUUGAUUUAUUUUUACAGGACAAUUUGUGUAGCGAUUUUGCAGCGCGAUUAAGUUUUGAAAUUGCAUUGGAAAUUGCAAAAACGACAUGCAAUUGUGCAGACGGAGAAUUCAUCAAAAGGUGCCUAAUAAUUACAGCUGGACAGAUAUGUCCAUCACGAAUCGAAGUUCUCGAUACGAUAAAUUUAUCUAAACUGACAAUAAUGCGUUGCAUUGAUUUAAUGGUAGACAAUGUUAUGAACCAGAUGCGUGACAUAUGUGCCACAUUUGUAACAUACUCAUUAGCAAUUAAUCAGAAUAUAUGUUUAUCAGGUACUCUGUACAUGGCAAUUUUUAUUCGUGGAGUAAAUAGUAAUUUACAUGUUACAGAGGAGCUAUUAGAUUUAGUGUCAUUAGGUGAUAAUAUGUCUGCAGAGAACAUUUUUUCUCAUGUGAAGGCAACAAUAGAAAGUAACAAUUUAGAAUGGGAGAAACUUGUGUCUAUAACAACUAAUGGAUCCUCUAUGAUAAUCGAUGCUAAAAUUGGCCUUACGAGUCUUUUGAACUCGCAAUUAAAUACAUUAGGUAGUUCUAAUAAGAUAAUUGCUGUGCAUAGUCUAAUGAUCACGCAAAACUUAUGUGCAAAAAGUAGUGUAAUAUUAAAUGUUAUGUCCACCAUUGUGAGCAUUGUGUAUUAUAUUAGAAACCAUGAAAUAAAAUUACAAGAAUUUCAUACACUUGUGGAAGAACUUGAUUCGGAUUAUGAAUCUAGUAAAGUUACAGAGCUGCCUAAUUAUAUCGAAACAGAAUGGUUAAAUCGUGGAACUGUAUUGGAAAAGUUUUAUAAUAUUCAUGAAAUAAUAAGAGAUUUUAUGGAACUAACAGGGCAUCCUGUACCAGAACUAAAAGACACCCAAUGGCUAAUUGACUUAGCAUUUUUAACAGAUUUAGUACAACAUAUGAAUAGGCUAAAUCUAUUAUUGCAAGAAGAAGGAAAGAUUAUAGUAGAAUUAUACGAUACUGUUCGUGCAUUUCAAAUGAAAAUACAACUAUGGAUAAGGCAGUUACAAAUGGGAAAUGCUUAUCACUUUCCAAAACUGAAAUUAGCAGCGGUAAAUGAGGAUUGCAUUAAAAAAUAUUGUUCAAUUUUACAAAUACUUCUAGAGGAGUUUGAAACCAGAUUUAGAGAUAUACAAAAUUUAGAUACAGAUUUUAACAUAUUUGCAAUGCCUUUUUCAGUCAACGUGAAUACUGUCCCAGCAGAAGUACUAUUAGAAUUAAUUGAUUUACGAUGCGACCGAAGGUUAAAAGCUAACGCAGGUACUUUGAUAGAUUUUUACGAAGCUUUUUCGUAUAUACGAUUUCCACAUUUACAUAAUCUUGUAGCUAGAACAUUAUCCAUGUUUGGAUCGACGUAUAUUUGUGAACGAUUAAUUUCAAAUAUGGAUAUGAUGAAAUCAACUCACAAAACAGGACAACUUGGUUAUGAUCACAUUUUUAAGUGCUCAUUAAUACUAAAUUCGUGUCAAUCUGUUGUUCCAAAUAUUACCCAAUUACUGAAGGAAAGAAAUUUGUAGUAGAUUACUAAUGUUUCUACGCAAAAAUAAUUUAGUCCAUUAUGUUUACCCUAUUUUGCAAGCAUUUAUUAGUUUUAAUAUUUAUUUAUUAUUUAUUUCUCGUAUUAAUAUAGUAUUUAUAUCUUAUCUUUAAUCAUACGUUUUACAUUCGGUUAUAUUUGUUAGUUCCUAAAUUUGUACAUAUAUUGUAAGAUUGUCACAUUCAAGUCAUAACAAGUAUGCAGAAAUAUGUACAAAAUAGAAAUUGUUAACAUAUUGUAAAUAGUGUACUGUACAUAAUCGUUUAUUAUAUAUUAUACAAGAGUACGCGUCCCAUUUAUUAUAAUAUUUGUAAAUCAUAUUAUAACGCAGGAACAUGUCGCCAUCAUUGUGGGUGCACCGACUACUUUUUCUUUGAUUACUUUCUUUGUAAAAAUUUACUGCGCAUGUCUAUAUUUUACGGUUUAGGACUGCGCAGGAGGGCAAGGCUAACCGAUUAAUUCCCCGUGCAUAGCGCGGGCGUGCCACAAGUUAGUAAUUAAAUGAUUAAACAGUAAGUUUAAUUAAGUUAUGCACUGUAUGAAAAGUGGCGAAAAUAAAGAAAAAUUUAU